AUGUCGAAAUUCAAGAUAGUGAAAAAGCGCGUCAACUCGACGGAUGCCUUGGUUGGCGCCACUUCGAUAGCUUCGAUUAUUGCAAAUGUAGCAGACAUGGCACAGUGCAUUCCUGCUCGCGCGGCCGCAUCUGUAGUUCUUGUCAUCUUGAAGACGGUGCAAGAAAUCGAUAACAACAAGAUUACCUGUUACAAGCUCGCUCGUCGCUCGGCAAAAAUUCUGGUUGAUUUGAAUACUCACAUGGCGGGAAGAUGGGAUACUGCACCCAAAGCCCUUGUCAAUAAUAUCCAUGAUUUUGAAAGGGUUUUGGUGUGCAUUCGGGAUUUCAUGCAGGGAUUAAAAGCAGUCAAUUGGAUGAAUCGCUUCCUUCAUAAAGGCUCGAUCGAGGCAUCCUUGAGUGACUUCCAUGCAUUACUCGAUGAAGCAGAGAAGUCAUUCCAGAUAGCCAGCCUCUUGGAAAUCCACUAUUCUGUUGGAAUAUUACAAGAGCGUAGUGCAGGUCGGGCCAUCACCUACGUGGAAAGUCCAACUGGAGAGAUUCGGGACGAGAGCAUCUUAGCUGAUACGCUCGCCAAGACACUGGCUAUUGAUAACGUUUGCCGGAAUGACUGUAAUGUUAAACCGAGUGCCAGCAUAGAUAGAAAACACUCGACCGAGCUUAUUUUUCCAAUCAAUUCGACAGCUGUAACGGAAGACAUCCCGGACGGAGAGUCAGAUGGUGACGCUGAAGAAAUCCAAUUGCAGCAGGAGCUGAAUGAGCUCGAGCGACUCGGACUCACACAAUAUCACCAAAAAGAUCUUCUUCCAUUAUCCGAACUUAAAUCUGAUGAGUCUUACUCCUUCUGGGGACAGUCGAUGAUUGCAAGUGCUGGAGAUAAACGAGUUAUGAUUAAAAGGUACAACAACGAGGUCGAGGGCAAAAAAACCAACUUGAAGAGAUGGUUGCAUGAUAUCAAGACGCUGCGCAAUCUUUACCAUCCCAAUUUACCGCAACUAACGGGAUAUUCUAACGAGAAGUCUCCAAUUCCAUUCAUCGUUCUUUCUCAAACGAAACUUCGUGAUCCAAGUGCAUACUUCCUUAGAUCUCUUCAAAGAAUGAGCAUCGCGGAAGGCGCAGUCGCUGCAGUGAAAAUAUAUCGAGACAUUUCAUCUGCAGCUUUAUAUAUACAGAAGCAGCUCUCGCUGGAUGACCGCGAGACACAACAAUUUAUUGCGGAAGCAAGCUACAAGGCUGAUACACAAUGUGGAAAGAUAAUUGUUGGCAUCCCACCGCCAACUAACUCUACUUGGGGUUUUGGAUAUCCUCUAACGGAGUCUCUGCUUAGUACAACCAUGCAGAUUCUUCCAAGCAGCAAGACCUUGACUGAUGAUCACCUGUCCCAUAGAUCAGACAUCGUUGAUCUACAGGACAAACUCACACAUAUCAGGAUGCUUGCACGUGCCUUACUCCCUAGAAGUGACCAAGAGCCGAAACUAGGAAAUCACUCCGAAGCAUUGUUAGAGGACAUUGAAUUCGAAAAAGAAUUGGACUCAAUCUCUUUGCGGUCAGUGCGUAGCCGCAGCAUACGCGCGGGAACGCAUGAUUUCGCCUGGGGGACGAAUGUACAUUCGUCCCCUGUCACUUUUACCGUUGGCGACUUUGGAUAUAUUCCUCAUGACCAUGGACGCAUAUGCCUUACAGACAAGGCACGUUUCGAUCACUUUGUCAAGGUGGGAAAUGUCUUCGAUGACCUUACUGAUGGAACACCUGAGACGGACGGCUCUCUCUUAUUAAGCAUCGUAAGAGAGGUUACUGGCUCGCAUGGUCAAUGGAUCAAUGGAUUCCACAAGACAAAUGAAAUUUGGCCCUUCGCACUUCCCGGAGACGUUGAAGGUUGGCCUGUAGCCCUGAACCCAGGUACAGAAAUGGAGGUCCACGUUCGGCACUCUGCUCGUAUCGCGUCUGCUAGCGAAGCUUGGCGUUAUUUGCAGCAACGAGCAGAAAAUCACGUGGCGAAACUAGACAUCCGUCCUCAUGAACUGAUUCUAAUUACCAAAGCAGUCUCUGGGCAGAUAUACAAAGUACAUGACUGGAGUGUUACUGCACCACCAGUGUUCAACCGUCCGCCGCGGAUUGCGCCAGUUGUCCCUCCUCAUAGCCAUGCGUUUGGACAUCGUCAAAUGCAGCUUCCGCGUGUCUUGUACCUAUUUACGUGCUAUAAGUUAGACUUUGAACCUUUUUUAGCAGAUAAUCCUACUGUAUCCACCCUUCCUCGUCAACGCGAUCUACCGAGGAACAUCUCUCUCGGUACAGCAUGGCAUAGACCAGAGGCGUUCAUCGAAUACAUACAACUCAGUCAAGAGGACUUCGCUUCUUAA